CCCAAAUCGAACGAGCCUUCGAAACGCCCAAAUCGAAAACUCCAAGCCCAGGACAGGAAUCCUUCCGAAUUGAAUUCCGUCGACAUUUUUUUUCUUCUUCCGUUGUCGGUUUUGGAAUCUCUUCCCAGAAUUGUUAACGUGCUCGAUCCCAAUUUUUCUUCUGUUCCCCACUCGGCUCGUGUGAGUUCACACGUGCGAUAUCGGCUGUUCACCGACUUUGUUUGCCCUUUCUUCGCCAUCUUGCUCAUUCGAUCAUCGUAAUCACCAUCAUCAAUUCCUGUCUGCGACUCAGUGAGGGCGAAAUUUCUCUGGGUUCUGCUCUUUGGUGCGAAGAUUGCUCAUUUCUGUACCUUGAACCUUCUUCUAGACAGUUCGCGGAGUGCUUAAUUGUGUGUGCUAUGUUGGUGCUGCUAUACUGAGAUCAUCAUCUGAAGAAUAGUUGAGAGCAGUGAGAUGAGCGUUGGGUGUUGUGACUGUUCGAGGACAGUACAGUUAUGCGGUGUUUGUUAGUGUUAGUUACAAGAAGAACUAGGAGAAGGCGACGGAGAUUGAAGAGGUAACAUGAAUGUUCAGGCUCAUAUGUCAGGACAGAUAUCUGGGCAGGUUCCCAAUCAGGGGACAAUGGCCCAGCAGAAUGGGAACUCCCAAAUGCAGAAUUCAGUUGGUGGUUCUGCUCUUUCAGCUGCUGGUGUCGGGCCUUCGCCUGGCUCUGUUGUUCCCAUGGACCAUGAGAUUUUGAAACUUCGACAGUACAUGCGAAGCAAGAUCUUCAACAUUUUACAGCAACGACAACCAUCUCCAGCUGAUGAUGCAUCGAAGGCGAAGUAUAUGGAUGUCGCUAGACGGCUAGAGGAGGGGCUGUUUAAAAUGGCUGUGACAAAGGAGGAUUACAUGAACCCACAAACCCUAGAAUCUCGUCUUACAAGCCUAAUCAAAGGCAGACAGUUCUACAAUCAGCGACAUGCUAAUUCUUCUUCUGUUGGAACAAUGAUACCUACUCCUGGAUUACCACACAGUAGGGGGAAUUCGAAUAUGAUGGUUACUUCAUCUAUAGAUACUGCCAUGGUUGGAAAUAAUAACAUUGCAACAUCUGCUAUGAACACUGGAAGUCUACUAGCUGCUAGCAGCAUGCAUGGAGGUAAUCUGUCUAAUGGAUACCAGCAGUCAUCAGGAAACUUUGGCCUUGGUGCUGGUGGGACCAUGGCAUCCAUGAGUAUGCAACGAAUGCCUAGCCAGAUGAUUCCUACUCCAGGAUUUGUCAACAAUGGUAAUAACAAUGGCAACAGUAGUGGGCAGUCUUACAUGAGUGUUGAAACUUCCAACAAUGGUGGCUUUUCUGCUGCUGAGCCUGCAAUGGUACCUCAACUGCAGCAGCAACAACAAAGACAGCAUUUUGGUGGCCAAAAUAGUCGUAUAUUGCACAACCUUGGUAGUCAAAAUCAAAUGGGUGCUGGAUUUAGGCCUGGCAUGCAACAAAAGUCGCCUGGUGUGGCAAAUAAUUCCUUGAGUAGUGGUAUGGGGAUGAAUUCAAAAAGUGUAGAUUCAAGUCUGUCUUACACCAACUCUCCCAGAAAUUUACAUCAGACUUUUGAUAACCUCCAACGCCCGGGAAUGCAUGGUGAAGGAUAUGGCGCAACCAAUCCCGACCCUUUUGGAUCUGGAAAUUUGUAUGGAGCUGUAACAUCUGCCGGGACAAUGACAAAUGCUCAGAACAUUAUUACACCAAAUUUGCACCCCGUAUCUAGAGCCAACUCUUCUCUGUCACAUAAACAGCAACAAUUUCAGCACCAGCCCAAUCAAUUUCAGCAACAGUCUAAUCAGUUUCAACAGCAGCAGCAGCAGCAAUUUCUUCAUCAACACCAACUAAAGCAGCAGAGCCAGCAGCAACAAAGAUUUAUUAGCAAUGAUGUUUCUGGGAAGCCUCAGGUGGCUUCUGACCUGGUUACUCAUGUUAAACAUGAAUCGGGGAUGGAGAACCCGAGUGAAGUUAUGCACUCCCUAGCAUCUGAGCAGUUCCAACUAUCUCAGUUCCAGAACCAGUUUCAGAACUCUGUGGAAGACUGUCCUGCUGGUCCUCAGCUUCUAUCUGUUCCAGCAACUCAGAAUGAUAUUUGCACAUCACUUCCUCAAAGUACUCAACAGAUUCAGCAGAUGCUGAAUCCACAAAAUUUGGGCUCAGGAUCCAUUCACAAUUAUAGCAACCUCUCGGUCCAACCAAAGUCAGAAUCAGGUCCGCACGGUCAGUGGCAAUCCCAGUCACAGGAAAAUAGUCAGAUGUCUUGUAGCAUGCCAAAUGAACAGAACAUUCAGGAGGAUUUCCGUCAAAGAAUGUCUGGAAUGGAUGAAGCUCAACCCAAUAAUCUCUCAUUGGAAGGAUCUAUUAUUGGUCAAAGUCAUGUUUCUCGUCCUACGUCUGAAUCUCAUAAUCCACAAAAUCCUACUGGAUCCACAGGUAGAUAUGGAAAUAUAAACCAAGAUCCCAGGUUCAAAAACCAACAGAGAUGGCUCCUGUUUCUGCGUCAUGCACGCUUCUGCAAAGCCCCCGAAGGGAAGUGCCAUGACCCGAACUGCAUUACUGUUCAGAAGUUAUGGGAACACUUGUACAGUUGUACUGUACCUCAAUGUCGGUAUCCGCGUUGCCAUCCCUCAAAGGUAUUGAUUAAUCACCAUAAGAAUUGCAAGGAUUCAGAAUGCCCCGUCUGCGUUCCUGUGAAGAAUUACUUGCAGCAACAGGCAAAUGCACGUGCCCUUGCACGUUUAAGAAACGAGAACAGUGCAGCAAUCAAAGUGAAUGGAGCUGGAAAGUCAAAUGAUCCAGGUGGAUCAAUUUCUGGUCCUCCGCCUAGUGCUGAUAUCUCAGACAAUUUGCAACCUUCAUUAAAACGGUUGAAAGUGGAGCAGUCUUUUCAACCUGUUGUUUCAGCAGUGGAAAAUUUCAAAAGCUCAGUUGAUUCAGUAAGAGAAGUGCAAUCACCACAGGAUGUUGAAAGAAAGGAUUACAGGCACAGCAAUGUCUGUGCACCAUCAAAGCUUGAUACCUUGGAAGUGAAAGUUGAAGUUUCUGAUGUUUCUGGUCAGGCAGGAUCUGGUUUCAAGGAGACAAAAAAUGAUAUCAGUGAGAAUAUUUCCAAGCAAAGGCCUGUCAGUGAAUCUGUUAAACAUGACAAGUGUGGUGGUUCUCCGAAGCAAGAAAUUUGUAAAAUUGAGAAGGAAACUGAAGCACCUAGGAAAGAAAAUUUGGUGGAGUCUCCUGAACGUGCGUCCAAGUCUGGAAAACCAACGAUAAAGGGUGUUUCGCUAACUGAAUUGUUCACUCCAGAGCAAGUAAGAGAACAUAUUCGUGGUCUUCGGCAAUGGGUUGGCCAGAGUAAAGCCAAAGCUGAAAAGCAUCAGGCGAUGGAGCAUUCGAUGAGUGAGAAUUCCUGCCAAUUAUGUGCUGUGGAGAAGCUUACCUUUGAGCCACCGCCUAUUUACUGUACCCCUUGUGGAUGCCGCAUCAAGAGAAAUGCAAAUUACUACACUGUCGGAGCUGGUGAUACUCGUCAUUACUUUUGUAUUCCCUGUUAUAAUGAUUCUCGUGGAGACACCAUACUCGCGGAAGGGACUGCUAUUCCUAAGGCCAGGCUUGAGAAAAAGAAAAAUGAUGAAGAGACUGAAGAAUGGUGGGUCCAAUGUGAUAAAUGUGAAGCCUGGCAGCAUCAAAUCUGUGCUUUGUUUAAUGGGCGACGGAAUGAUGGGGGACAAGCUGAGUAUACCUGCCCUUAUUGCUAUAUAGCAGAGGUGGAGCGUGUUGAGAGAGAGCCUUUACCUCAGAGCGCUGUUCUUGGAGCGAAAGACCUGCCAAGAACAAUACUCAGCGACCAUAUAGAGCAGCGGUUAUUUAGGAGGUUAAAGCACGAAAGAAUGGAGAGAGCCAGGAUUCAAGGAAAAAGCUAUGAUGAGAUUCCUAGUGCUGAAGCCCUUGUGAUUAGAGUUGUUUCCUCUGUUGACAAGAAGCUGGAAGUCAAACCCCGUUUCCUUGAAAUUUUUAAGGAGGAUAAUUACCCAACAGAAUUUCCUUAUAAGUCCAAGGUAGUUCUGUUGUUCCAGAAGAUUGAAGGUGUAGAAGUAUGCUUAUUUGGAAUGUAUGUCCAAGAGUUUGGAUCUGAAUGUUCUUUCCCAAAUCAGCGGCGUGUUUAUCUCUCCUAUUUGGAUUCUGUAAAGUACUUCAGACCUGACGUUAAAGCUUUCAGUGGAGAGGCUCUACGUACUUUUGUUUACCAUGAAAUUCUGAUUGGAUACCUUGAAUACUGCAAGUUGCGUGGUUUCACCAGCUGCUACAUAUGGGCUUGUCCACCGUUGAAAGGCGAGGAUUAUAUCUUAUAUUGUCAUCCUGAAAUUCAGAAGACACCAAAGUCUGACAAACUACGAGAGUGGUACUUAGCAAUGUUGAGGAAAGCUUCAAAGGAGGGCAUUGUAGUGGAAACUACAAAUCUAUACGAUCAUUUUUUCAUUCAAACCGGUGAAUGUAGAGCUAAAGUGACAGCGGCUAGGCUUCCAUAUUUUGACGGUGACUACUGGCCAGGUGCCGCAGAAGAUCUUAUAUACCAAAUGAGCCAAGAAGAAGAUGGCAGAAAGGGCAAUAAAAAAGGAAUACUUAAGAAAACCAUCACAAAAAGGGCUCUGAAAGCAUCUGGGCAGUCCGAUCUUUCUGGAAAUGCGUCCAAGGAUCUGCUGCUAAUGCAUAAACUUGGUGAGACCAUUCACCCGAUGAAGGAAGAUUUUAUCAUGGUUCACUUGCAGCACUGCUGCACUCAUUGUUGUAUAUUGAUGGUAUCUGGAAUUCGUUGGGUCUGCAGCCAGUGCAAAAAUUUCCAGAUAUGCGAGAAGUGCUAUGAGGUGGAACAGAAACGCGAGGACAGAGAACGACAUCCUGUUAAUCAGAAGGAUAAACACACACUGUAUCCUGUUGAGAUUACCGAUGUUAAUGGAGAUACCAAGGACAAAGAUGAGAUACUUGAAAGUGAAUUUUUUGACACAAGGCAAGCAUUCCUGAGUCUUUGUCAAGGGAACCAUUAUCAGUACGACACACUAAGGCGGGCAAAACAUUCUUCGAUGAUGGUGCUUUAUCAUCUACAUAACCCAACUGCUCCUGCCUUUGUCACAACAUGCAAUGCAUGUCACCUCGACAUUGAAACUGGUCAAGGCUGGCGCUGUGAAGUUUGCCCUGACUAUGAUGUGUGUAACGCUUGUUACAACAAAGAUGGUGGAACUAAUCAUCCUCAUAAACUGACAAACCAUCCAUCUCUGGCUGAUCAAAACGCUCAGAACAAAGAAGCAAGACAAUUGCGGGUCUUGCAGCUAAGAAAAAUGCUCGACCUUCUGGUACAUGCGUCACAAUGCCGUUCCCCGCAUUGCCAAUACCCGAAUUGCCGCAAAGUGAAGGGGCUAUUCCGCCAUGGCAUACAAUGCAAAGUACGUGCUUCGGGAGGUUGUGUUCUUUGCAAGAAAAUGUGGUAUCUCCUGCAACUCCAUGCCCGGGCCUGCAAAGAAUCCAAGUGUCAUGUGCCUCGUUGCAGAGAUCUGAAAGAGCAUCUGAGAAGGUUGCAGCAGCAAUCAGAUUCACGGCGCAGAGCUGCCGUGAUGGAGAUGAUGAGACAACGAGCCGCCGAAGUUGCUGGAAACUCCAGCUGAUCACUUUAUACAUUUAACAUUCCAUUUGGGAUCAUCAAAGCAAAAGCGCAUCUCUAUUGUUCUUGCAAGGGUAGAGGACAAUUACAGGCUGUGUCGCCGAGCUCCACUGAGAUCUUACUCUCUGGAAAAAAGAACAAAUGCUUGGCCAUGUUACACGGGAGGAAGAAGAAAGAGCAUGGAGAAGGAGGAAAGUAGGCCACGAUAACUUAGGUUCAAAGUUAACAGUGAUGGGUUAGGGAGUGAUGAUGAUUUGUCCUUAAACUUGUGAAACAGAACCCAGAGUGGGAGUGGCUUGUCGGAUGAUUUUCUCGAUCAGGCUAUCAAAGAAGCACAGUAGAGAGAUCAUCAUCUUCUCUGGGAUCCGUCCAUGACAACGAACAGCGUACUGAUUCCAGUCUCAGUUCAGUAGCUUCAUCUGGUUGGGUGAUUAUUCUUUGAUUCUAUACUCCCUCUCUUGUGGUCUGUUGUGUUUUGUGAAAGGUCAGAGUGUAACAUAAGUCGGGGUCUUCAGAAAUUACCUUUCUUGCAAUGAUGGGAAAAGAGGGAGGAGGGCCUUUAGAUACUCAUUUCCUUUUUUUGUCUGAUACAUUGUAUUACGCAUGAAACGUAUAUGUAUAAUUAUAUAUAUGAUUUAGCAAUUCAGGUGGAUUUCGCUUCUUC